GUGUGUUACUGUGGUCCAUGUGGUUCAUUUCUGUGACAAUGUGUCCUGAACGCAGCCCAGGUGCUUCAGCUGGGUUUCCUGUUUGGACCCGGACAACCUUGGAUUUUUAAGCGAGUGCACACGAACGGUUUAUAGAUUGUUUGUAAUUUACAACAGAGCUAUAAAGAGAUAUAUUCAUGUUGUAGUCAAACCUUAAACACGGACAAAGUCCUGCAAACCGGGAGCGCAUGCACGGACAGUGAAUCAUCCAGAUCAACACUGAAAUGUCUCUGCCAAAGAUCACACGUCUCCCUUCACUGAGGCUGCUGAGCUCCAUCCACCAGCAGCAGCUGCUCCUCCCCUCCAUCACCCCCCUCACUGUGCCCAGAAGAGCUGUGAUCCAGGGUGAAUACCGACGGCCCGGACAGCCCAAAGAAGACAAGUUUCCAUGGCAGAAGAUUAAGUUUGACUUAACGAAGGGUUUGGAGGGAAUAAAGAAGCAUUUCACGCUGCUGAAAUCGGAGUUCUCUGACCGCUGGGUCGGUCCAGAAGGAAAACCAAUAGUUGAGCACAUGCUGGAGCAGAACAGGGUGGUGUGGGAGUUCAGAGGUCCAGAGAGCCUGGAGCAGUGGACGGUGUCCUCAGAUCGCGAGAUAGGAGGACAGAGUGAAGUUUAUUUGAAGCUCGGCAAAAACAAUAAUACCUGUUUUCUGUACGGGACUCUGAGCUCAACUCCUCCAAGAGACGGAGAAACACGCUACAGUGGAUACUGCACCAUGCGUUCAAAACAAGCACUGGCUUCAUUUGAUAGGAAGAUGCACUACGACUGGUCCAGCUUCAACACCCUGCACCUGCGUGUGCGCGGCGAUGGCCGUCCAUGGAUGAUCAACAUCGCAGCAGAGACGUACUUCUCUCACCAGAAAGACGACAUGUACGGUUACUUUCUGUACACCAGAGGAGGUCCCUACUGGCAGGACGUCAAGAUCCCUUUCUCCAAGUUCUUCCUUUCACAUCGUGGGAGGAUUCAAGAUGAUCAGCAUCCUCUCUGGCUGGACAAGAUUAACACCAUUGGAUUUACCCUGGGAGAUAAAGCAGACGGUGCGUUCCAGCUGGAGAUCGAUUUCAUCGGCGUCUGCAAAGAUUACGCUCACACCGAGGAGUUCGCCUACGAGGUUUACAAGAGGAAUCCUGAAGUUUGAACGCAGCUCUAACGACACUGCAGACGAACUGAAGAGAGCUGCACUCCUACCAAACACGUCACUGUCAUACAUGACUCAUCUGUAUGUUUCUGUUACACGUGGUCAACUGUAACUGAGUCAAACAUUUAUGUUGUACGGGAAGAAGAAGGUUCUUCAUCCAAAAGGACAAAGUGAUACCUGGAGCUUGUUGAAGAUAAAACAGGACAAUAACUGAAGCAGUUGCUGCAGCAUUCAUUUCCAAUUCCUCUAUUUGUGACACAUGUUCCAUUGACAAUAAAAAUAUUUUCCAAGUAAA